UACCAACUCUCAAGCGUUCCAACUUUGAUUCAACUCAUAUGCCACGGGGGCCGCAAGAGCAGCAUCGGACUUGUGCGCCGGUCUGCGGCCCAAAAGUCCCAUUUGCCAUACCGUGGAGACGAUCCAAACGUCGGACGCAAGACCGGUGUUUCAAUACAACCUAUUCAACAGGACUCUGAUGGAUUUGAGCCGUUCGACCAGCUGAUUGGACAAGCCGAUGGACUCCAGCUAUCACAAAAGCAUCAGAAGAGGAAGAAGAAUAUCACCAAUGAGAAGCGAAUAGAAAGUAGUGAGGAACAGGAGGAACAGGAGGAGGGGUACGGGGAGAUGAGUAUGGACGUGGAUAGUGCGUUCUUAUUCUUCGCAAAGCAAAUCAGACUCACGUCGAGUGCAGGCCCGGUUCAAAGUUACUUGAAUGUGCGCCCGCCUCCAUCGCCGCGCACACCUCGUCCUCGACCCGUCGCUCGCACGUCUCAUGUUGAUUUCGAUCGGGUUCCUUCACCCAAAUAUCGCUCUGUGCGGAAAUCUCUCCCCCUUUCGUCCCAUCUUCGUGCUCAAGAGCUAUUCGACCUGGAUGAGGAGGAGGAAGAUCGCGCCACAGGUGCUGGCUACUCGCCUCGUGAGGUUAGCUUCACUGAGAUGGAUUCCCGCAACGAUUUAGACGAGGACGAAGACCCAACCCCCAAGAAGAAACAGUUAUCCAACAAGCUCAAAGACAAAAUUCGUCAGUCGGUUGCUAGAAUCUCCUCGCCAGCAAACCAAUCCCACAAUCCGUCGCCGAACAAGGGAAAGCGCAAGGCUGUUGAAGACGUCUCCCCAAGCCAUAGCAAACGCCGGGAGUUUUUGCAGGAGCUAUAUGAAACCGAACGCGAAAUGACCCAAUACGAGCCGCAUACAAUUCAAAGCGAUCGGGAUCUGCCACCGUCGGACCCAAUCCAGGCAGAAGUGGCUGAGGAGCCUGCACCCUCCCCGAAAUUCAAAUCAUCGAACAAGAAAAUGACGUUGAAACCUUCUACUUCUCUAAAGGAAAACCGCGAAGUGCGUACGAAGCGCAGCCCACCUCUAGGCAGUGUUCGCCGAUCCAGCCGCGUGCCAUAUCCUCCGCUCGAAUGGUGGCGGAAUGAGAAAGUGGAGUAUGGUGGCCGAGAUCCAAAAGCGGGACCGAUUCUCGUUCCGCGAAUCAAAUCUAUUAUUCGUAUACCCAGGGAACCUGUGGUUCCGUUGGGUACGAAACGACGUGUGAGACGACGGUCGACGCCUGGGCCCGACAAGCCAGUGAAAAUAGUCGAAAAGAUCGUAGAAAAGGUGAUCGAGAUCGAGAUCGAGAAGUUGGAUCCAGAGGCAGGUUGGGAUGAUGAAACAGAUCCUUUUGCUACUGUCGUGGAUUUUCCGGGACCGGGAGAGAUUCGCAGGCAGGUCGCCUUCACAGCGAAAAUGUUCAAUCCCCAGAAUGCCGCAAACAACGAUUGGUCCUUCCAGCAAAUUUUCCUAGACGGCGAAUUCAUGGCUGCCGGACAAAUGAUUAUUCCAUCGAAAUCCCGGAAGCCAAGCAAGCCGACCAAGGAUAACACUUUUAUAUUCUAUGUGGUGGAAGGAGCUGUUAAGCUUAGAGUGAAUCAAACGAACCUCCUGGUUGCCACUGGCGGUAUAUUCAUGGUGCCACGAGGCAACACAUAUUAUAUCGAGAAUGUCGGCAACCGGGCCGCCAAACUAUUCUUCACCCAGGCCCGCAAGCCCAAGGAAGCUGACGAGGGGCUCCCAGAACGCAGCUCUUCUCAUGUAGCGCCGGUGGGCCGCGCCGUGUCAGUCGCGGGUGGUAAUCCAUCCUAUCGUCGGGAUCCCAAUGUCCCUUACCUCCAGCGAGGCAGGAGUGCCCAUGUCUGA